AUGAAGAGUAAGUGGCAGAAACAUCUGACAUGUUGCAAGCAGCAUCAAAUAGGGGUGAUCAAACUUAACAGCAGCCCUAAAACUGAACCUAACACUAAACCUAGCACUAGCCCUAAUCGUAAACCUAAACUGAACACUAAGCCUAAGCCAAAGCCUAAACCUAAACCUAACCCUAAACCUGAAACUAAACCUAAACCAAACACUAAACCUAAACCUAAUGCCAUCCCUAUCCCUAAUCCACAACCAAAACCUAACCCUAACCCAAAACCAAAACAUAACCCUAAGACUAACACUAAGCCUAAAACUAAACCUAAACCUAAUCUUAACUCUAAGCCUAACCCUCAGCCUAAUCCUAAACCUAACCCUAUUCCUAAACCAAAACCUAACGCUAACCCUAACCCUAACCCUAACCCUAACCCUAAACCUAACCCUAACCAUAACCCUAACACUAAACCUAUCACUAACCCUAAUCCUAAUCCAAAAAUGAACCCUAAGCCUGGGCCUAAACCUAAGACUAAGCCAAAUCCUAAACCUAAACCUAACCCUAAACCUGAACCUAAACCUAAACCAAACACUAAUGCUAAGCCUAAAUCCAACCCUAUUCCUAUCGCAAAACCAAAACCUAAACCUAAAUUUAAGACUAAGGCUAAACCUAAAUCUAAACCUCAGCCUAACCUUGAACCGAACCGUAAUCUUAAUCCAAAAACUAACCUCUACCCUAACCCUAACCCUAAACCGAAACUGAUCACUAACCCUAAUCCUAAUACUAAAAUGAACCCUAAGCAAAGCCCUAAACCUAAAACUAAGGCUAAACCUAAAACUAACUUUAAACCUAAACCUAAAUCAAACACUAACCCUGAACCUAAGGCCAAGACUAUUCCAAACCCUAAAACAAAACCUAACUCUAAGCCUAAACCUAACCCUUAG